GGCUGGCUGCGGGCCGGUUUGUGUUUGUUGCGGGUAAGGAACCGUCACUGGAGGUGGUGGGGGGUGGGGGUUAAGGGAACCGGGGUUACACCGGGGGAGGGGACACUGAGGGCCGGUGGGUGGGCCUCGGGGAGGGGGAGAGGAUGGCUGCACAGGGAUCGGAGAAAAACCCCAGCAAAAAGAAAACCGAAAAGAAAUUCGCGGCCAGGGAGGAAGCCAAGCUGCUGGCCAGCUUUAUGGGAGUGAUGAACAUCAUGCGGAAACAGGUAAAACAUGCCCUCCCUAACCUUCAUCAAAUCACCAAUAACCAUGGCAACCGUGCGGCCCCUUUAAGAGAAGGCACCCCAUGAAGCAUGCAUGGUGCAGGGCAGCACUGAGUGCCAGGGCCCCAGAGCAUGCAUGACCCAUAACCAUGCUUACUGGGAGGCUGUGAGUGCAUGUUAUGCUGUGUGUUGGAGUAAUGGAAGAGAGAGUGAGCUCAUUGUCACCUGGGGCUUGGUUCAGUGCAAUAGCCUAAUGCUUUGUUAAUAACAACAAGCUGCUAGAAGGGCUAAAACAUGGAGUCAGUACAUUGUCCUGCUGAGAUCUUUGAUCCAGAGGCAUUCAUUAACCUUUUUGUCAGGUUUUAUGCAUGGUUUAAAUGUCUUAACAGGACAUCAAGACAAGAAACAGGUGGUAUUCUGGAGCAGUAUGCUUAGUAAUGGGCGAUCGCUAUGCAAAUCGAUAAUAUGUCGAUCAAAAGGUAACACUUUGCCCCAGAAUAGCGCCAAUUUUAACCUUGAUAAAUAUUAACGUUUAGGGAUCCUCGAGUCUCAACUGAUAGGCUAAAGCCGGCGUUCAUACUACAGCAGGGGUAGGCAAACUUUGGCACUCCAGGUGUUGUGGACUACAUCUCCCAUAAUGCUCCUACAACUAUAUUUCUGGCGUAGCUCAAGGGGGAAAAGUAGUCCACAAUACCUUCAGUGCCAAAGGUUACAUACCCCUAUACUACAGCAUUCGCAAUAUAAAUUUUGUGCCACUUAGGACAUUAUUCAUUUGCUGAGAGUGUCAGCUGACUUUAUCAGACAAUGUAUGUUGUCAAGUAGAUGAGUCUGCAUCAAUGCUGUACUCUUGCAAGUGUGUAUGAGUUCAAAACGUAAGUCUGUGAAAGACCCUUCAUAGAACUUCUCAUGAAGUGGGCGACAAGUUGCUUUUUACUACAGGCAUCUCGUGUGACGGCUGCUUGGAAAAAACAAAAGCUCUGAUUUGUCAACCUGUAAAAUCUCUGUAGAAAAUAAUAGGUAUUUUGUCUCACAACAGUUUAAAUUACUGAAUGCAGUCAACAUGAGUAUUUCAUAAAGAUUUUAUCUUUAAUACUAUGCAAGAUUUUAUCUUUAUGAAAUGCUGAAAAGUGAUAGUGCUGGUUUAAAGUCAGGUUGGGGCUGAUCGAUAGCAUUGCUAAUGCAUUCAAAUGCAACGUUUACAUUACAGCCUAGCGAUACCCCGACUGGCUACUCCUCAAAUGGCUACUAGAGGUGCUUCCUGGGGGGGUGUUGCACUGCCAUUCAGUGUCGCCACCCUCUGCAUGGAGAUACUGAGCUUUCUUCAUAGAGAUGCAUUGAUUCAAUACAUGAGAUACUGAUUUACCAGGGCUGUGUUUGGCUUGUACUGGAUCUUCCCCUGUUCUGCCUCCUUGACAGUCUCAGUCAAUAUAUGAGAAAGCAUUGUGAUUGAGAGAGAAUAACUUCUGAUGAUGUCAUCCAAGCAGGCAGAUCAGGGGUAGAGUCUGCAGUAGCAGACCAGAAUAAAAGUAAAGUUUUACUAUAUUUAGGAAGGUCAGGAAGGGCUAGAGUGGUUUUUAACACUAUAGGGUCCAGAAUUCAUGUUUGUUUUCCUGACCCUAUAAUGUUCCUUUAAGGUACCAUCUUAUUGAAAUUGCUAUGUUACUCUAAUACUUUCACUGCAGUCUCAGCCUUGAGUUAUUUCUUCUCUCUACCUUCAGGAUUUUAAAGGAAAACUCCUGAGCCCUAUAGCUCUUAAAAGGUUACUCCAAGCACCAUGUUCCCUUCACUGAUUUUAAGUGGUCAUGGUGAUUAGUGUUUAUAUGUGCAGCGUUUCAGUUUAAAAACCAUGCACAUACUAAGAUAUUUGCUGCAGAGGUGUAACUCCACCUCCAAUUCUCCAGCCAAGGAUUCCUAUUUCAAGAGAAAUCCGCACUAUCGUGAAUUAAUUUAAGAACGCCCACCUGCCUGUCAAAGCUGACAACAAGAUGAGCUUUCUGAUUCACUCUGCUUUAACAUUCCAAUGCUUCCCUAUGAGCAAUAUUCUAUUGGGUGAUUGGUGCACAUGUGCCAGUUUCUUCCCGAGGCAGAGGCAGUCGUCACAGUCUCGUGGGGAAGGAGAGGAGCAGAAUUGAGUGAAUUCUCUUCACUGGAGAAAAAGGUGAGUAAAUGGUGUGUGUGUGUGUGUUUAUAUAUUUUUUUUCAUGUGUAAGGUGUGUCUGGCAUCUAGUGUAAUACAGCAACACUCCCAAUGUUUUUUUACGUUGGAGUAUUCCUUUCAAGCAGACCUUGCGGCUGUGCCUUGCAUUUCUGUCAUUCUGAGAGACUGGAAUUACCCUUCCUGUCUUUCAAGUUAUUGAGUUGGCUACUUAAGCAUGCAUAGAGCUAUUGGCAGCAACGGGUGUAUGCACCCAUUGUUACCCAGGUAAGUUGCCAAACUGUUCGAAAAUUGUUUGACAGACUACUCUGAUAGGGUGCACUCCUGACACCAUACCUAUUAAAAUUGUCUAUAGUGGUUAUGGUACUUGGACUACCGGAUAAUGGUACUCCGUUUUUCUGCGGAAAUAUCUAGCAUGCUGAUAUAACUGUAACCAGCAUGGAGAAGGCUUAAGGAAAUAAGCUGCACGUUUGGCUGAGCAUUUACCCACAAUUACCAAAACUAACUGCAAAAUUAGGGGGAACCAGAGGUAAUUCAUAGGCUCAUUGAGAAAGUCACAGGACUUUGCUGAAGAGUGAACCCAUGCAUUUAUUGUAUGAAGCCCUGAAUUGUACAGACAAGCUAAUAAUUAAAAUAAUUGGCAGGAAAAAAAAUGUGUGGGUCCAAAUAGCGCUCCCUAGUCGGUGCCCCAAAUUGCAAAGCUUGGUUUAUAAUCCCAUGUAUGUUUUUUACUCUGUUUAAUGAGUGUUUGUGUUAGCCAAGUCUGUUUAUACUGUUUUUAUAUACUGAACAUUCAGUGAAGACUGAAGUAACGUUUCAUAGCACUGUAGUGCAAAGUAGAAAUUCAAGCAUCAAAUUGAACAUGUAUUCACUUGAAGUUUCAAUAGAAAAAAUGUCUGUGCGUUAACCAAGCCAAUCAUUCUUGACAGUUCCUAUGCUGUGUGCUGUUAGAAUGUGUGAGACAGCACAUUGGAGCAAGUGAUUAUGAAUAAAUGAAAAGGGACACCUAUAGUCAACAGAAUCUCUACAGCUCAUUGUAGUUGUUCUGACGUUCAGCGCAAUGAACUUUCCUCAUGUAGAUGCAUUUAUUCAAUGCUUCUCUAAGAGGAGAUGCUGAUUGGCCAGGCUGGCAUUUGGCUCCGCCCACACCUGACUCCUUAACUAUUUCAUCCAGGCCAAUGCUUUCCCUAUUGACAUGAUGAUAGCCAAAGAGGUCGAUCAGAGGCGGGGUCAGCACCAGCAGACUCGUCCAUCGCUGGAAAAAAGGUAAGUUGUAACCCUUUCUAAGGGAGAACAGCAUAGGUUCAGGAAUACAUGUUUGUGUUCCUGACCCUAUAGUGUUCCUUUAAGGUUUGAUAAAACACUGUUCUUGGUUAGUUACCAUUGGCACUUCAGAUGUUGCUAUCUAUGUCUCCCUGAUGCUUUGCCAGCAUCAUGGCUGUAAGGGCAUAAUGGGAGAUGUAGUCCACAACAUCUGGAGUGCUAAGGUUGCCUACCCCUACCUUGCUGGCACGUUCAGAUACUCUCAUUCUGGGCUAGCUAAUGACAGAGGUGGAGUUAUACAGUGGGCAGCACUUGGAUUUAAAUCUGUAUUUAAAGGGACACUGUAGGCACCCGACCACUUCAGCUCAUUGAAGUACUUAGUGCUGCAAUGUAAAACAUUGCAGUUCCAUUGCUUCAGGAAUCCAAACGGACUUUUGGUCCUCACAGACCUCCGGCGUCAGAUUUUCCCAAUAGGAAAGCAUUGAAUAAUGCUUUCCUAUGGGAAGGUUUAGUACGCGCGCGGCCAUUGCUGCGCCUGCGCAUUAGGUCUCCCCCCGCCAGCUGACCCAUCGCCGAGGGACAUCUCGCUGGAUUCAGGUAAGUGGCUGAAGGUCUUUUAACCCAUUCAGCCCGCCUGGAGUGGGGGCACGAGGGAGGGGGGACCUAUUAAACCUAUAGUGCCAGGAAAUUAAGUUUGUUUUCCUGGCACUAUAGAAUCCCUUUAAGCAUCAUGGCAACUUCAAAUUAGUGAAGUGGUCAUGGCCCUUAGAGUAACCCUUUAACUAUUUUUGUGACACUGGUUACGAUUUGCACAAGCAUGGAUCUUAGAAUAACAGAAGGUUAAUCGGGAAAUGUUAUAAUUCCUGUGCCCAUAUAGUCUUCAAUGGGGGAGAAGAGAGACAUGAUCUGUCCUUAUUCGGAAGUGCAAGUAAUGGUAUUAAAAUGUAACGUGUAUUCAAUAGAAGGAUAAAAAAAAAAUACUAAAUAAAGCAAAAAAGGGGAGGGAAUAUAAUAUGAGGUUUCAGAAGGUUCGCUCCGACAAUAUAAAUAAGUAUAAGGUGGUGAAGAUAUAUGUAGUGGUAAGAUUAUUGCGGUCUUGUGGCAAUAGAAAACAACCACUAGACAUACUUGUCUAUAAAGUGAUAGGAAGUUGCAACAAUGCGUCAAGGUAUCUACAUAAGCCCCAAUGGAGAGUAUGUAACUAGGUAAUGAUGUAUUCAUAAUUAGGGUUACCCCCUUGUGUCUGUCCUAGAUUUUCCACAUUGAUUAUUAGCUUCACUUUUCUUUUCCCAUAUAAUCUUCAAUUUGCUUUACAGAAUAACCAUUUAAAUCCGUUUUCAUUGUAUAUGUGAUGCUAUAAUUACAUGACACUUGUCUGUCAACAUUCAUCACAUCAUACAUGUCUCUAUACCCUACUCUGAAUCAAUAAACAUAUUUUACUGUUUUAGUGUUUUCUGCCAAUUAUAGUGAAUUUAUUUUUUGUAUGAAAUCCCAUAAACCUUAUUGAUGCUGUCUGAAUAAAGACAUGCAGAAGAUAACUUGCUGUUUGUAAUUUUUUGCCUGUAUGCAUAGUGCAUGUUUCUUCAUUCACGUGCCGGCUCUUUAAUGCAGUUUAUGAAGCAGGAAAGAGUGUUUAAGUGAUAAAAAAUUUUUUUACAUCUACCAUUUGCCUUAUUUGGUCAGAUUCUUGUUAACGCAUAUUCUUGCAUUAGCACUUCCAUGGUUUGAUAAAUGUUGUAGUAGAAGAAAAUCCAAGCACACCAGAAUCAAUUUGCAAAUAAAAAAAGUUUUUUUUAUUCAUAUAGUGGAUAAGCAUAGAUUAUACAGAAAGACUGCAAAUAAUAGUACAGGUAUGUAAACAACAAAUAGAAUACCAAUAACCACUAUGCAUGCAAAUUAAAGUGCUCAAGGAAGAAACCCGUAAUAAAACAGGCAUACUGACUCGAGUUUCGGCUCCUCAGGGGGAAUGUCUUGCUAGCUGAAACAUUGGGGCGCGACAAAUCCCCCAGGUCGCCAUGGCGACUAAAAGGUUUGCCCUGGUGCCUGGGAUUUAUCAGCUUUUUAUCUAAAACGCCCGGGUGGGCAAAUAAUGGAGCCGUUGUAGCCGGCCGCCCUGAGCUUUAUGGAGGCGCCCAGCUGAGUGAUCGUUGCAGCCGGCCGGCCGCCCUGGGCUUUAUAAAGGCGGUUGGCUGGGGCAGCAUGCGAGGGAGCAGUGAUCUUCCAGCGGCUCCUCUCUGCUCCCUCGCGCUGUUUAAUGAUGCUGGGAGCCAGAAUGUGACGUCAUUCCGGCCCCGGCAUCACAGGGAGCAGAGUGGAGCUGCAUGGUAGAUUACUGCUCCAUCUCACACAGGAAGAGAGAGCAGCCCCACUGGACCCCAGGGAAAGUCACUCUGCUCUCCAAAGGUAGGGAGGCUGGGUGGAUUAAAAAAAAAAAAAAAUUGUGAGUGUUUAAGAUAGUGUAUGUGUCUCUGUCAGUGUGUGUAUAUGUGUGUGUCUCUGUCUGUCAGAGAAUGUGCCUAUCUGUUUAAGUACCUGCCCCCCUCCGAUCACAUGAUUGGUGUUUUUACUCACCUUUUUUUUCCCCCCCCACGCCGUGCAGGUUUUGCCGUGGCUUGUCCCACUUCCAUUGCCAAGUUCAUCAAUCUUUAUGAUCUCUGCUAAGCCAAUGCUUUCCCAUAGGAAAGCAUUGGGAGGAUAUUGCGCAUGUUCUGUAUGGGUAACAUUCAGCACGUCCAUGCAGAGCACUGACUCAGGACUCUCUAGUGGCCAUCUGAGUGACAGCCACUAGAGGUCUUAGUGGGCAGCAAAGUAAACACUGCCUUUUCUCUGAAUACGUCAUAACAGACCAGCCUUUAUAAAGAUUCUGUUAGCAUGAUCUCUAAAUGAGACACAAAGUCACCAAGUUCACUCUUGGAUUCUGAAAACCAAUGAUCAUCAGGGAGAAUUAGUGAAGCAUUUUGAAUGAGGGGAAGUCAUUCACACCAUAUUAUACAUGAUUGAAUAUUCAUAACUAGUAAUAAUCUGUCUCUCUACCAUUGGCUAAGAAACUAUUACUAGCUAUUAAUAUUUGUAUUUAUGUAAAAUUAUGUCAGAAAAACCUUAUUGGUAAUUAACAAAACUUGACAUUCCUAGAGUUCAUUUUAAGACUAUAAUUAUCCUCACUAUAGAUCAUUCCUUAGAAAACCGUUUCAGGAACACAUGACUGUGUUAUGGUACAUGCAUUUCACAAACACAUUGACGCAUUCACUUGCUGCAUUCUCACAUUGUGAGCCCUAUGCUUUCCAUCUGUCACUUCCCAGCCAGGCCCCUAGACAUUUCAAGAUCGUUCUUGAAAAAUAGGCUAUCAAACUAUAAAACAAAAAAUGUCUGUUAAACUGACAAAAGUAAAAAGACGCCAUGUUUUAUGAUGGACAUCUAUUUUCUGCAACUUCCACAGUCCCCCCUCUGACGCUAAAUAUACUCCAGACCAUUAGGCAUUCUCAACUUAAUUGGCUCUGAGGGUCAGUUACGUUAGGACAAAAUCCUUCCUUAAGAAUAUUGGCACUUCUUGUGAUAUUGAAUGGGACAGUUGUUUGUGCGAUAACUCUUUACCAAACUGUAACCCCAUACACAGUGGACUUAAUCUAUGAUAUGAAUGUCAAACUUUAUUUUUGCAGUGCUUGAGUAACAUAAACAAGCUCAUAUCGCCACAACAGCGUGUACAAGCUAAAACAGUAAUACAGUAUUAUAGCAUGCAAGAAUGGCACCAAGUUUUUGUUAGUAAAUGCAGGUUAGGUACUUAUGUCUUAAGAACUUAGCUCACACUGACAAAAUAUCUGACACUCCUUGAGCCUGUACUAGUUGGGUAAAAAAGAGGUGAAAACAAGACCUAUCAAUUGAUAAUAAAGGAGUACUAGUAUGAAAAGCGUUUCUUAGGGCUAGCAUACUCUUAGAUUAAAUUAUUUCAGGCUAAACAUACAUAAAGGCUAAAGGCCGCAUAUUCUGCAGGGUUCGGCAAGACAUCUAUGUAGCAGGCUUAAAAGUUGUAAACCACAAGGCUUUGGGGCGUGUUUGCAUCAAGCUAGGCAUGUUAAGAAAUAGACCAUUGGACUGAAAAAAGAGAAAAAUCAUACUUUUCUAAUGAAACAAAAGCAGAAUAUACAUUUAUGGCAUUGCUGGUAAUGUUCAGGAGGCAACAUGUAUCUGCCUGUUUAGUGCUGCCUGUGAGUAAGUCACGGUGUGGUACUGUCCAGGAGUGUGUUGAUGCGUUCAUCCUAUGCCCACGAUCGGGAAGCUGCCAGCAAGUUGGUCUAAGGGCUGCAUCCAAUUUUGGCCACUCCGCCGGCCCCAGGCCUUCUCAAGGGCCCUUGUGCACUUUCCACCACUCCGGUCACUUUCAGCACUGCAAGCGAGGUCCCGGGCGGUUGUGUGAUGGAAAAGUCCCGUCCGGGCAUGUGGUGUACGCAGCAGGGUGUUUCCCUUUCGGGCCUUCAGCCCAGGAAGGCAGAAGCGAGCCUUGGAUUUUAUGGGCCGCUUCGCUGGUCUCUGUUUCCCAGGUGUCGUGUGCGGUCUUUUCUUCCCGCCAGCCACUCCAGGCGUUUUUUCUGGCAGUGAGUAAUGCGGUCAUUUAGGGUGUAGCGGCUCCCUCUGGGUCUGUGUCCUUUUGUUUUGCAUUCUCUGCCAGAAGUUUUCGAGGAAGUCGUACAGGCGCUGCUCGAGUGUCUGCAGUCGGUUCAGUGUGUCUGCAGCUGGUGCAGUAGCCGCCAUUUUGAGGCAGAUUGCGCCCCUCUAUGUCUUUGCUUUAAGACGAUAUGCUUGUCAGGGAUGUAGCUUGGCUGUGUUGAUUGUGUUGGGAUAAACCCCACCGUCAGGGGGUGAGCGGGGACCCGUAUAACGUCAGUUUGUUCCAGUCGGAGAGGCGGUAGGGAGAUCGGCCGCUUCUCCCAGGCUCUCACCUCGAGGUAGGCCUCAGUGGCUGUGCGGGCUCAAUCUGCUUGUCUGACCCCUGGAAACCCUUGUGCUGUAGCAGAGUAGCUUGCAGGUAGGUAUCAGCGCAAAUUUAGCCGUUUGCUUUCAAAAUACUGUUUUUAGGCGAUUAAUUGUCAAAUACCCUGCAGUUUAUCCUCCUCUAUCAAAAUUCAGUGUGCACUCUGGAACGCUCGCUCCAUUUGUAGUCAAUAUCAAAUUUACAGCUAUACAUGACCCAUCUCUCACUCACAAUACUGGCACUCACUGAGACCUGGCUGUCCCCAUCCGAUACCGCUACUCCUGCUUCUUUAUGUUUCGGUGGUCUAGAGUUCUCCCAUACUCCUAGACUCGACUGUAAAGGAGGUGGUGUAGGCAUCCUUCUCUCCCCUCAAUGUACCUUUCAACCUAUCCUCCCUGCCUCUGCCCUAUCCUUUACUUCCUUUGAAGUUCACACUGUACGCCUUUUUAAGCCCACACCUAAACGAUUUAUUGAACACUUUUCCUCCUGGUUACCCCACUUUCUUUCCUCUAGCACUCAAUCUCUCAUACUUGGGGACUUCAAUAUCCCUAUCAACAAGCUCAACUGCCCUGAUGCCUCUCGUCUGCUCUCUGUAACCUCCUCCUUUGGACUCUCACAGAUUUCUUCCUCAGCAACUCACACUGCAGGGAACACUCUUGACCUCAUCUUCACCAAGUUCUGUACCACCUCCUGAUCUCACCACUGUUCCAUUUCCUUUGUCUGACCACCAUCUGCUAACAUUUAACAUCUGCAUACCCUAUACCAAAAUUUCACCACCAUCAACUUUCCACCCUCGCAGAAACCUCAACUCCCUCGAUCUCCAGCACUUCUCCACCAAACUCCAAACACUCCUUUUACCCAUCUCAAAUCUCAACUGCCCUAACUCUGCAACCUCACUCUACAAUUUGACAUCAUGGCACCACCUACAGUUAAACGCAGCAAGCGCCCCCAAAUACAACCCUGGCACACCAAGCUGACCCGUUACCUCCAAAAAUGUUCCAGAACUGCUGAACGCUGCUGGAGAAAGUCUCACUUUGCAUCUGACUUUGUCCACUAUAAAUUUAUGCUGCGCUCCUACAGCAUGGCUCUUUCCUCUGCAAAAGUAAACUACUUCAACACCCUCAUAAGCACACUGUCCCAUCAACCCAAACACCUGUUUCACACUUUUGAUGCUCUUCUUCGCCCUGUGACUCCUCCUCCUUCCACCACCUUGUCCGCCACAAACUUUGCAUCUCAUUUCACUGAGAAGAUCUCUACAAUCAGGAAAAAGAGAUCUCUAAUCUCUCUCCUACCCCUAUCAAUACAUCACCCAACCCCACUCCCCCUUGUCACAUAUUCAUCCGCUUAGAGAAAAGUGAUUAAUGACAUUUACUGUCCACACAGGAAAAGUUGUGCCGAGCAGCAACCUAAUCCACAGAAGGGUUAAUGCUGAGCAGCAAUUAUGCAAAUGAAACCUGGUAACUGACUUUGGGGUCAAAGGCCGGUUACAGCCUAUCAGAACUAAAGGAGGGGUAUUUAGGCCCAGUUCUCAGCCUGCUCAGUGCCCUGUCGUGGUUUCCCUUGUGGUUGUCUGAGAGCGCGUUCCUGUUUAUAGUUUUCUACCUGGUUUUUGACUUUGGCUUUGUUUAUUGACUUCUCUAUAUUCUGGUAUCCUGACUCCUGGCUUUCCUGAUCGCUGUGUCCCUUUCUGUGUUCCCUGACCUCGGCUAGUAUUUUUGACUAUUCUUUGUACGUUAAAUCCGGCCAUUCUAAGGACCGGUAAUACGUUACUUAUUUGUCAUCCGUGCUGUACAGUUCUACGUGCUGGAUCAAACAGUAAUCCUGACAUUACGACAUGGCCAUAGAUCCUGUAGAACUGUGUCAGCACAUAGCUGCUUGCGAGAGGAAAUUAGAGGAGAAUGAUCACCGCAUGGAUCAAUUCACUCAGGCUUUAAGUACGCUUCUCGCUAGAAUGGAGCAUCUGCAGCCUGCAGUGUCUCCUCCUAUAGCACCUCUACCCUGUGUACCUCCACCCACUGUUAAUAGGACUCCUUGCAUCUCCUUAUCACCAUCCCUACAGUUUGAUGGCAAUAUCCAGGAAUGCAGGGGUUUUCUUAAUCAGGUGGAGUACCAUUUUGAGGCCUCACCAGGGUCAUUCCCCACGGACAGAGCAAGAAUUGGUUAUCUAAUGAAUCAAUUAAAGGGCAAGGCCCUUGCCUGGGCUAAUCCGUUGUGGGAGAGUAAUCGGAGCAUAGCUCAUAAUUACCAGGAAUUCCUUGCCAAAUUCAAGCUCACGUUUGAGCCAUUGGGUAGAGAGGAUGACGCCUCCACUGCCCUAAUGCACAUCAGACAAGGUAACCGGUCUAUCUCGGAUUAUGCUAUUGAAUUCCGUACCUUAGCUUCCGAGGUAGACUGGACUAACAAUGGGUUAAUCUCAGCAUUCAAAAAGGGUCUCUCAGAGACUAUACUAGAUGAGAUAGCCGCUAAAGAAUUACCUAAGAGUCUUAACGAAUUUAUUACGUUUGUCAUGCAUAUUGAUAAUAGGUUAAGACUCAGAGAAGUCACCAGAAGCAAGACCAGACGUACGGCUAUGUCCCUAGCACCUCAAUUCUCUAAACCUGUUUUGUCUAACCUCCCUGUACAGUCCGAACCCGAACCUAUGCAGUUGGGGGUCACUAGACUGUCAGAGGCCGAAAAACAGUAUAGGAGAAGGGAGGGGUUAUGCCUAUAUUGCGGUAGAAAGGGACAUAUGAUAACUAAUUGUCCAGUGCGUCCGGAAAACUUCCGCACCUAAGAACCUUAAGGGGACAGAUCUUAGGUGUGAUGGAGUUGUCCUCUAACAAAAACAAAAGUAGAUUCCUACUUGAGGUAUCUAUUUCCCUUGAUAACAAGAAGUUUUCUUGCAGUGCCCUAAUGGACUCAGGUGCUUCUGGAAAUUUUAUUGAUGUCCAGUUUAUUAGGGGUAAUGAGAUACCGGUCAGGGAGAGACCUACGCCGCUAGCUGUAGAGGCUAUUGAUGGUAGACCACUCACACAACCGCUUAUAACCCACAAAACUGUCCCUAUUACGAUCUCCAUUGGGGCCUCCCAUAGGGAGGAGAUGGCAUUUCAGGUUAUUACUUCUCCAUCAUGUCCUAUCAUAUUAGGGUUUCCGUGGCUGAGUAAGCACAAUCCCUAUAUUGACUGGGCUAAUGGGGAGAUAUUAGAAUGGGGUAAAGAGUGUAUGGGGAGAUGUAUAAAACCAGUACUAAAGAGAUUGGAUACUAUUGACCUUCCCACUACCACUCCCCAAACUCCUGGAGUUCCCAUACAAUACCGAGAACUUCAGGAGGUGUUUAACAAGGCUCAAUCCGAUGUAUUGCCUCCCCACAGAGCAUAUGACUGUGCCAUUAACCUGUUUCCAGGCGCUAUGCCACCUAAGGGGGCAGUUUAUGCCUUAUCUCCCCAGGAGAGUAAAAUAAUGGAGGAAUACAUCAAAGAAUCCUUGAGCAAAGGGCACAUAAGAAAGUCAUCCUCACCAGCUGGUGCAGGAUUCUUUUUUGUUGAGAAAAAGGGUGGUGAGUUACGCCCUUGCAUAGACUACAGGGCACUUAAUAAAAUCACUGUAAAAAAUGCAUACCCUAUUCCACUCAUUUCCGAAUUGUUCGAUAGACUUCAGGGAGCUAAAGUAUUUACUAAGCUUGACCUUAGGAGCGCUUACAAUUUGGUUAGAAUUAAAGAGAAUCAUGAGUGGAAGGCGGCAUUUAAUACCCGUAGUGGACACUAUGAAUAUCUGGUAAUGCCAUUUGGGUUAUGCAACGCCCCGGCCGUAUUCCAAGACUUUAUAAAUGAUGUACUCAGGGAAUUCAUUUACUCAUUUGUCUUGGUUUAUUUGGACGAUAUUUUGGUGUAUUCCCCUGAUCUUCAAACUCACCACUCCCAUGUGAAACAGGUUCUGCAGACGUUGUUGAAAAAUAAACUUUAUUGUAAAUUAGAAAAGUGCAUAUUUGACCAGCCUGAAGUCCACUUUUUGGGUUACAACAUCUCUGCAUCGGGAUUUCAAAUGGAUCCUAAAAAACUAGAGGCUGUACUACACUGGCCAUUACCCUCUGGUUUAAAAGCCAUUCAAAGGUUUAUUGGUUUUGCCAACUAUUACAGAAGAUUCAUCAAGGGAUUUUCUUCUGUAAUAGCCCCAAUCACAAAUAUGACUCGCAAAGGGGUUAGUAGCACGGUAUGGUCCAAAGAGGCUGUGAAUGCUUUUGAGACUCUUAAACAAAGAUUUGCCUCUGCAGACAUACUAAAACAUCCCGACACCAGUAAACCUUUUAUAUUGGAGGUUGAUGCAUCCGAGACAGGGGUAGGGGCUGUUCUCUCUCAGAGAGAAAGCCAGGGAACACCAUUGCAUCCUUGUGGCUACUUCUCCAGAAAGAUGUCUCCUGCUGAGCGCAACUAUGAUAUUGGCAAUAGAGAACUGUUGGCCAUUAUUCUUGCCCUCAAGGAGUGGCGACAUCUUUUGGAGGGUUCCAAGGACCCCCUGUUGAUCAUAACCGACCACAAAAAUCUGGCAUAUAUAGGGGAUGCCAAACGUUUGUCUUCCAGACAGGCUAGAUGGUCACUGUUCCUUUCACGUUUUAACUUUCUCAUUACUUAUAGACCUGGUUCUAAAAAUACCAAGGCUGAUGCCUUGUCCAGGCAAUUUGAUAAUGAGCCCGCUCCGGAACAGAUGACAUCUCCUAUUAUUCCAGCAGAGUGUAUUAUUGCUACUACUCUCCUCUCACUGUCUUCUCCACUGCUUGGUACCAUACUGGAGGCCCAGCCUCAGGCGCCCAGUGGUAAACCGUGUGAUAAACUGUUCGUUCCCCUAUGUGAAAGGGUUAAUAUCAUGAAAGUGUUCCAUGACAAUAUAACUGCUGGACACCCGGGCAUCAAUAAGUCCACUGCCGCGAUCACUAGAUCAUUUUGGUGGGAUUCACUCAGGAAAGAUGUAAAGGAGUAUGUGCAGGCAUGUUCUGUGUGUGCAGUUUCUAAGGUGACUCAUGCACUUCCUUGUGGCCUGUUGCAGCCUCUUCCUGUUCCUGAGAUUCCAUGGUCCCACCUAUCCAUGGACUUUAUUGUUGAGCUUCCUAGCUCUGCUGGGUUCACUACUAUUCUCAUGGUUGUAGACCGAUUUUCUAAGAUGGCUCACUUCAUUCCUCUCAAGAAGUUGCCAUCUUCGCAAGAUUUGGUCCUAAUUUUCAUACGUGAAAUUGUCCGUUUUCAUGGCAUCCCCCACAAUAUUGUGUCUGAUAGGGGCUCUCAGUUUGUGUCCAGGUUCUGGAGGGCGUUCAGUAAACAAUUGGGGAUUGAUCUCUCCUUCUCCUCCUCCUACAAUCCACAGACCAAUGUUACAGCUGAGAGGGCUAACCAGUCAUUAGAAGUUUAUUUGCGUUGUUUAAUUAAUAGCACACACGACAAUUGGUCCGAACUACUCCCGUGGGCCGAGUUCGCUAGAAACAUAGAAACAUAGAAACAUAGAAUGUGACGGCAGAUAAGAACCAUUCGGCCCAUCUAGUCUGCCCAAUUUUCUAAAUACUUUCAUUAGUCCCUAGUCUUAUCUUAUAGUUAGGAUAGCCUUAUGUUCGUUCCCCUAUGUGAAAGGGUUAAUAUCAUGAAAGUGUUCCAUGACAAUAUAACUGCUGGACACCCGGGCAUCAAUAAGUCCACUGCCGCGUUCAUGACUCCUCUGGGCACAGUCCAUUUUUUGUCAGUAAUGGUAGGCAUCCUACGGUUCUCCCUGCGGUAUUUUCUGAUACUGCCAUUCCUGCUCUGGAUGAGCGUCUGGCCUCCAUUCAGGAUACCUGGGUUAAGGUUCAAACUGCUCUAGGGGCUGCUGCUGAACGCUUCAAACAUUUUGCUGAUAAGCGUAGGAGUGCCAACCGGUGUACCAAGUGGGGGACCGGGUUUGGUUGUCAUCUCGCAACAUCAAGCUUAAGGUCCCUAGCAUGAAGUUUUCCCCCAGAUUCCUUGGUCCCUAUAGAGUGCUUCGUAGGAUCAAUCCAGUGUCUUACUCUCUGGCUCUUCCUGCAUCUUUAGGGAUUCCCAACACUUUUCAUGUGUCCUUACUCAAACCUCUUGUCUGCAAUAGAUAUACUGUUCCUUGUGUUCCUCCCCCUCCGGUGGUGGUGGGUGGUCAGGAAGAGUAUGAGGUAUCUUCUAUCGUGGAUUCUAGGUUUUCUCGGGGCACUUUACAGUACUUGGUUGUUUGGAAAGGUUACGGUCCUGCUGAUCGUUCUUGGGUUUCGGCUCCUGACCUGCAUGCGGGCCAUAAGAUCCGCGCUUUUCACGCUAAAUUUCCUCUCAAGCCUGGUCCUGUCCGCCCGGUGGGCGUUCUUCAGGUGGGGGUAAUGUCACAUAUUCAUCCGCUUAUAGAAAUGUGGUUAAUGACAUUUACUGUCCACACAGGAAAAGUUGUGCCGAGCAGCAACCUAAUCCACAGAAGGGUUAAUGCUGAGCAGUAAUUGUGCAAAUGAAACCUGGUGUCAUGUAUUCAUCCGCUUAGAGAAAAGUGAUUAAUGACAUUUACUGUCCACACAGGAAAAGUUGUGCCGAGCAGCAACCUAAUCCACAGAAGGUUAAUGCUGAGCAGCAAUUAUGCAAAUGAAACCUGGUAACUGACUUUGGGGUCAAAGGCCGGUUACAGCCUAUCAGAACUAAAGGAGGGGUAUUUAGGCCCAGUUCUCAGCCUGCUCAGUGCCCUGUCGUGGUUUCCCUUGUGGUUGUCUGAGAGCGCGUUCCUGUUUAUAGUUUUCUAACUGGUUUUUGACUUUGGCUUUGUUUAUUGACUUCUCUAUAUUCUGGUAUCCUGACUCCUGGCUUUCCUGAUCGCUGUGUCCCUUUCUGUGUUCCCUGACCUCGGCUAGUAUUUUUGACUAUUCUUUGUACGUUAAAUCCGGCCAUUCUAAGGACCGGUAAUACGUUACUUAUUUGUCAUCCGUGCUGUACAGUUCUACGUGCUGGAUCAAACAGUAAUCCUGACACCCCUGCCAUCCUAUGCUCAUUUGCACCUGCUACAGCACAAGAGGUUUCUGCUCUGCUCAAGUCCUCCCUCCCCACCACCUGCUCCCUCGAUCCUAUUCCAUCGCAUCUCAUCCGCACUUUGUUUCCCUCUCUUGCUCUUCCUCUCGCUAACAUUUUCAAUCUCUCCCUUUCCUCUGGCACAUUUCCCUCACCCUUCAAACAUGCAACCGUAACCCCAAUUCUGAAAAAGCCCAACCUUGAUCCCAACUCCCCAUCCAACUACCGCCCUAUCUCGCUACUGCCAUUUGCCUCCAAGAUCCUCAAGAGAGUUGUGUACGCCAGAUUGACAGACUUUCUCGAAUCCAAGUCUCUGCUUGACCCCCUUCAGUCUGGAUUCCGCGCUGGUCACUCUGUCGAAACCGCUGUUACCAAAGUAUCCAACGAUUUAAUUGCUGCUAAAUCUCGCGGCCAAUACUCUAUCCUAAUCCUCCUUGAUCUUUCUGCCGCCUUUGACACUAUUGAUCAUCAACAGCUUCUUCACAUUCUCUGUAACUUUAGUCUACGGAAUACUACUCUCUCCUGGUGCUCCUCCUACCUCUCCCAGCGCUCUUUCAGUGUUUCUUUCUCUGGCUUUGCCUCUUCUCCCCAACCCCUCUCUGUCGGCGUCCCCCAAGGUUCUGUCCUCGGCCCCCUACUGUUCUCUAUCUAUACUGCUUCCCUUGGUAAACUCAUUAGCUCCUUUUGGCUUCCAAUAUCAUUUAUAUGCAGAUGACACGCAAAUCUACCUGUCCUCCCCUGAUCUCUCUCCGCCCACCUUGACUCGUGUUUCUGACUGCCUCUCUGCUAUUUCCAACUGGAUGGCUGCUCACUUCCUUUAACUCAACCUGUCCAAAACAGAACUUCUAGUUUUUCCUCCCUCAAGUGCUGCUACUCCUGUGUCUGUCUCCAUCCAAGUCAACGGUGCUACUAUCCCCUCUACCUCGCAGGCUCGCUGCCUAGGGGUUCUUUUUGAUUCUGAUCUCUCUUUUACUCCCCAUGUCCAAUCGAUAGCCAAAUCCUGUCGCUUCCAACUCAAGAACAUAGCGCGCAUCCGCCCAUAUCUAACACCGGACGCGGCUAAGGUACUGGUUCAUGCUGUUGUUCUCUCUCGCCUUGACUACUGCAAUCCCCUUCUCACCGGUCUUCCCAACUUGCACCGCUGCAAUCUAUAAUGAAUGCGGCUGCGAGGCUUAUUUUCCUGUCUGGUCGCACCUCCCACACCUCCACGCUCUGUCAGUCCCUGCAUUGGCUUCCAGUUAGAUAUAGGGCCCAAUUCAAAAUUCUGGCGCUUGCUUACAAAUCCCUACAUAAUGCUGCUCCAACAUACCUAUCCUCCCUUAUACACAAUUAUGUCCCGUCGAAACCCCUGCGCUCAGCCCAAGACCUACGCCUAUCCUCUGCCCGGAUCCCCACCUCUGAUGCUCGCCUUCAAGACUUCUCCAGGGUUGCACCUAUUCUGUGGAACUCCCUUCCCUCAAUCAGACUUUCAUCCAGCCUCCACUCCUUCAAAAAAUCUUUGAAAACUCACUUCUUCAUUAAAGCGUAUCAAUUAAACUGUCCGCAGGUUUCUCAUCCCCCACCCCAUGACUCCUUUCCCGCAACUGUCAAAAAUGACCUACCAAGCACUCAAUAAACCCUUCUCUAACAAACUAUUUAAUUCCGCUACUUUAACCCUUUGUGUCACUAUACCCCACUCCCUCUAGCAUGUAAGCUCAUCGACCAGGGACCUCAACCCCCUCUGUUCCUGUACGUCCAGUGGUCUGAUCUCAAUUAUGUGUCUGUUAGUCCACCCAUUGUACAGCGCUACGGAAUUUGUUGGCGCUAUAUAAAUGAUAAAAUAAUAACUCUUGUACAGAGCCCACACUGCAUGCAGCCUUUCAGUUUGGCAGCCAGGCCCCGCCCCCCGAUUUCAUUGUUUAAAUUACCUGUCUGUGAGUGCCUCAUAAAGAUGACAAACAGCUGAGUUGUUGUUUUUUUGCCUUCAAAACAAUUAGCUGGUUCUCAGGAUGAGACGUGGAGUCAACUCCACACUUGGAUUCAUAAAAUGUAAUUUGCUGUAAAGUAAACCAGUGAUCAUCUGGGGAAUAACAAAGCAUUAUGAGUGAAGAACAGUCCUUCACAUAGGUUUAUACAUGACUGAAUUUUCAUGACAGUAAUUUGUCUUUAUAUCAUUGGCUAAUAUGUAUUACUAUAGGGUAAUAUUUCCAUUUAUGUAAUGUUCUCUAAAAAAAAAAAAACACCUUAUUCAGUAACAAACAGAUGACAUUCUUGAGAAGUAACAAUCCUAGUAAUCUGCCUCUGUAGUAAGCAAACACAAGAACACAUGACUGUUUUGUGAUAGAUACAUUUAACAAACAAAUCCACACACUACAUUCACCAAACAUUUUCAUCUCUGUUCUUUACACACCUUACUUCCCUUAUAAGCAUUUCAACACAGUCCUUAAAAUAGUCUACCUAGCUAUAUAAAUAUCUGUUAAGUCGUGCAAAACAUAUAUAGACUGCCGGUUGUAAAGUUUUUUUUAUGAUGUGAAUCCAUUUUUUUUAUGAUGUGAAUCAACUUCCCUAGUCCUGGCCUAUAUCAUUCCACUCAUUUAACAAAUACAGGGCUGCAUGGGGGUGGCAUACAUGCAAAAUCAGCAGGACAUUCCUUACUAACACGGGUGUUUAGGAAGCAGAUUUUGUGAUCUGUAAGGUGUUAUUAAUGUGGUCCUUAAGGGGUAAAGCAUUGUGUGGCAUGCUUCUCAAAUUGGCUUUUUGUAUUUUUAACUUCAUAGUAUUUCCCAGAAAUCAAUUUCUCUUACUCUUUUAUUAUUUUGCUAAACGAAAAGUCUCUUCUGUCCUAACUGAUUACCGUUCAUGUUUACCUGGGAUCAUUUAAAGCUUUGUCUUUGCAGCACUUUUAAUUGCAUACCUUUUUCAUCAUAUGACCGGAUACAAACAUCCUGCUCUUCCCUUAUUUUUUUCAAUUUAUUUCUUUUUGAUAGAAAACAUUAUGUGAUGUCAUUCUUAUGGUCCAAGACAGAAAAAUUCCUGCUCAUCGUGUAGUCUUGGCAGCCGCCAGUCACUUUUUUAACCUGAUGUUCACAAGUGAGUACCCAUCACUUUCUUAAAUGCACAUUCUUAGCACCAUAACUACAGAAUAUAACUGAAAAACUUUAGGGCAACAUGUACAGAGGAUGAGCUACACAGCCAAAAUUGUAGAUUGUUAUAGAUAAAUUUCUCCACGAGUCUUUAAUCUCCCUCUCUUAGCUCUUUAAAAGAAACUCUCCUAUGUUGAGAAAACUACAAAAUUGUUAAUGUAACUGAUUGAAUAUCACUUUCCAACUGUCAAAGAUCCAAGACUGCUUUUAAGUUAUAGAUGUCAUUCGUGCUAUAUUUUUGUAUCAUGCAUUUACAAUAAGAAACUCUCCAAGCUGCAGUGCUAUGCUCUCCCCUGUAAGUAGUUAGACCAUUUUGGAUCGGUUUGACUUGUUAUCUAGGUAAUGAUUGAGAUUUGGACGCUCUCUGUCUGAGCUAAGCCUCGCCUUAGGCUAAACACACCCCUUUCUUUCUGGUUGGGAGAGCCAGAAGCUCCUGCUUCGAAUAUCGAACUUAGCUCACACUGACAAAAUAUCUGACACUCCUUGAGGCAGGGUGGUCUCUGCGGACCAUAAGUAAUUAGUCAAACUGUAUAGAACGUGGUUAUGGUUACUAGAGUGUUCUUUUAAGUGGAUACAUUUUAAGUGUUCACAUAAAUGAGAAUCUAACAUUUGGAGAAUCCACUAUAGUUUUGUAAAAUGUUUUUCUCUUUCUCUCUAGCAAACAUGCUUGAAUCCAAGUCUUUUGAGGUAGAGCUGAAAGACGCUGAACCUGAUAUUAUAGAGCAAUUGGUGGAGUUUGCAUACACAGCAAGGUAUACAUUUUUUGUCUGGAAAAACAAUGGUCAAAGGACUUGUUUCCAACAUUGUUGCUAAAUAGUUGUCAUAAGCUGUUUCUAUCAACAGCCAGUAGCUGCUACUUUAAUUUUGAAUAUUUCGUUAAAUAUGUUGAGAUAUUAACUCACCUUCCAUCCAGUCCUUUGCCACCAUUUUCUCUGCUUUGUGGAUGUUAUACUAUUGCAAUAGUCACCUCUGGUCCAGCCACGAUGGUCCUGGCAAACCACCUCCAUGACCUCCGUCACCCCAUUCCUAGCCCUAGUAGUGUCGUCUAGGGAGUAACCAUAGCAAUCACUUUACAUGCUCUGUGUUGAUAUUCUUGGAGAACAAACCUGGUCUCUCUGAGUCAGUUCUUCAGCACAGAGGUGACCAAAAAAGACCAAAUUUAUAUAUGUCAUCCCCCUCCACCCAAGCUAUACAUUUGCUUGUACAAUGUAUAGAUGAAAAUGUAUGCUCCUUAAAAUGAGCAUAAGUAGAAUGUACUAUGUCAGAGACCGCAUUGGAAACAAGCCCUACGGUGAUCCUGAUGAGACUAACACCUGUGUCCCAGAGGUUUGAACUGGCCCUACAGUUCUCAUUGACAUAGUCUCUACCUUUGUAGCAGAUUUGCUUAAAGGGACACCAGAAGCACUUCAGCUUAAAGGUACGCUAUAGGGUCAGGAAAACAAAAGUGUAUUCCUGACCCUAUAGUGUUAAAAACACUAUUUAGGUGGAUCGAUCCCCUUACUCCGCUUGAAUAGAAUAAACUCCCCUUUUAUUCCACUGCUGGUCUGGCCCCACCCACCUCGCCCUCUUGACUGAGAUCAUCACAAUUGACGAUCUCGGACAAUCCAAUGCUUUCUAAUGGAAAAGUAUUGGAUUAACUGAGAUUGUCAAUUUUGAUGAUCUCAGCCAAAGGGGUGGUGGCGGAGCCAAACUCCCAUCAGCAACUCCUCCCACUACCAAAGUAUUACAUGACACCCAAAUCCUCCCUCCCUCCCUCCCCCCAUCAUUAUUUUACUCUUCUAGUAUAUGUGUCCACAUGUUAAGAUUAAUUCUAGGGACAUAUUCAUUAUGAUAUAUAUAUAUAUAUAUAGGCCUUCAUGCAUAUUUUGGAUUAUUGGAUGUGAAUUCAUGUAUUCUUAAUCUGUGAUCCUUACAGGGGAUAUUUAUGACCUUCUGUUAGAAUGGUGCCUAUAUUCUAUUAGACCUGUAUCUUACUUGCAUUCAUGUCUCUUUAACCCCAGUAUCACAGCUUAACUUGAAUUCUAUGUGUUGUUUUUGCUCAGAAAUGCUUUAGACUCGAGAAAGGAAGGUUCUCCCAAAGCUUGUCAUUCCACAAUUCUGUUAGUUCAGUAAAUAAGGUAUUAGAAGAUACUAAGUUCAUCUGUUAUUUUACAUCGCAUCACUGGAUUAGAAAAGCUACAAUCUCUACUCUAACUUUUGAUGUAAUAAAGACAUUUCCUUUUUUUUCUCUCCCCCAUUUCAGAAUAUCUGUAAAUAGCAAUAAUGUCCAAUCCUUGCUGGAUGCCGCCAACCAAUAUCAAAUUGAACCGGUCAAGAGAAUGUGUGUGGAUUUCUUAAAAGAACAAGUGGACGCUUCGAACUGUUUGGGUAAUAUUGCACAUAUAUUUUGAUAGGCUACUCAUUAAUCAAGCAUUGUGAGAAAUUACAUGAAUCGUUUUCAGCAAGCUAUUCAUUUGUACUGGUUUGUAACAAAUGUAAAAUCUCAAAUUCUUAAAGGAGCACUAAAAUCAAAACCAUUUUGGCAACUGUAGAGAAUAGUCCAAGGAUGAUGCAACAAACACACACUCGUUUUCCAUAGAGAUAUUUCUGAGUGGUGUGACAGCAUAUAAGAUUAUCUUUAUACAUUAUUUGCUAGUUACCUUGAAUAACAUUUUAUGUUCACUUUGAUGUUAAUAUACCAAAAAGGUGAUUGAUUUCAAUAAAUUACAAUGUUAAUCUAAACUACAUUUUUUUUUUACAUUUUUUUUAAUUCUUAAGUUUCAUUCAGGUGUGCUUUAUUUUCAUGUAUAAUAACUUGCAACAUUUCCUAUGUAAUUGUACAAACAGGAAUUAGCGUUUUAGCAGAAUGCCUUGAUUGUCCUGAGCUAAAAGCCACAGCAGAUGACUUCAUUCAUCAGCAUUUCACUGAAGUUUACAAAACCGAUGAGUUUCUGCAGCUAGGUGUGAAACGUGUUACUCAUCUACUGAACCAGGACACACUAACUGUCCGUGCUGAAGAUCAGGUAUUGUAUUUUAACUAACAGUUGAGAUUGAACAUCUAACUGAUCCAGUAUACCACACUUGGAUACAUGAAUACCCUUUAAUUAUGUCACAAAAACUAUAGUGGAAAAAACACAGAAAUCUAUUGUCUGGUUCCGUUAAAAUAACAUAAUGCAGCAUUGAUAUUAAAAGGAUACUCGAAUCACUGAAACAACUUCAGCUUAAUGGUGUGGCUUUGAUGUACAGGUCAUUCCUCUGCAGUCUCACUGCUCAGUUCUCGGCCAUUUAGAUGUUAAAUCGCUUUAUAUAUGCAGCCAUAGCCACACCUCCACUGCAUGUGACCUACACAAUCUCCAUACUCUUUUCCUGUAAAGAGAGGUCUAAUGCUUAAACUUCCUUUCAGCACAGUCUGUUUAAGUUAGAUUUUCUCUCCUGCGCUAUUAACAGCCUUCUAGAGCCAGCAUGUGCUGUCUGCUGUGAUUAAAGUUCAAAUAGCAGCAGGAGAUAGUACUUUCUGUGCUGCAGAUCUGAUUAAACCACUUUUUUCAUGCAGGCUCUGUCAAUCAUAGCCAGGGGAGGUGUGGCUAUGGCUGCAUAAACAGAAACAAAGUGAUUUAACUCCUAAAUGGCCGCGAAUUGAGCAGUGAGACUUCGGGUAUGUGAUCUACACACUAAAACUGUUUAAGCUAAAGUUUCCUUGGUGCUUAACAUUUUCCUUUAAUUUUAGUUUCAGGAAGCUGCUUCUCCCACAUUUAUUACCAAUUUCCAUUAAAGGGACUUUCCAGGGCAGAUCCUUUGUUUUAUUGCAUUAUAUUAGCUAUGCAUUAAAGCAUUUUUGUUAAGUUUCGUUUUUAGCUUAAUAAAAUUAUUUUAUUAAAAUUAUCUUCAUACAGAUAUUUCUUAUUCUCAUUUUUAUGAUGAUUUCUUUUUGAGGCUAAAGAUUCAACUGACGUUUUUUAUGUAUUUAUUUUCCUUUUUAGAAUAUAGUCUGAAUUCUAUGUCAGUACAUCUACUGUGUUUUCAAUAACACUAUAUGUUUAUUUUAGGUAUAUGAUGCAGCUGUCAGAUGGUUAAAAUAUGAUGAGCCAAAUCGACAACCAUUCAUGGUGGACAUUCUUGCCAAAGUCAGAUUUCCACUUAUUUCCAAAAACUUUCUAAGCAAAACCGUGCAGGCUGAGCCUCUGAUACAGGACAAUCCUGAAUGCCUGAAAAUGGUGAUAAGUAAGGGACAGUUGUUUCUGAAAUAAUGGUUUUAAAUAAUUUUGGUUGAAAGAUAUUUUGUUACUUAGAAGGUAUUAAUGUUAUACUGACGUUCUAUGAAAAAUUUAUCUCGCUCUACUCUUCUGUCUAAAUUAAAAUAUUUAGCAAGUAAGUCCCAUGCUUUUGUGUCCCUUUGCAUAAAUGAUCGAGAAGCACACAAGCAGGUUACAUGUCCGUUAGGAUAGGGCUUGAUAUAUCCAUAGCUUCAUGGUGACUCAGGAAUACUUAAGUGUGUCUCUUUGCCUAUCUAGGACAAUCAAAUGUGUCCCCUUACCAGCCCUGUAAGCUGCAAGGAAACAGCAGGCAUCAGAUCUCCCGGAGAUCUGAUACCAGCUUCCCUUACUCCUUCUGUGUUUUAUAUCAAAGUGUUUUUAAUUGUGUAUAAAAUGAUCGAAGAACAGAAGAAUUUACAAGUGAAGGGGCUUCACUGAAAUCUUAUGAUUGUGUGUAAUGUUUUCAAAUAUUUUUUUAAAAUAUUUAAUAAAUAUUAAAAUAUUUAAUAUAUAAUUCCUUUAUUUUACUACAAUUCUCCACGUGGCAUUAAGAAUUGUGGAGAAUAAAAGAUGCAAUUGUGUGCCCUCUUAUUUUUCUGUAUAAAGCAUGCUAAGGUCAAAUUAAAACUAAGAAAGAACAAAUGGUUAGUUGCAUGGGAGAGACAUUCAUUUGUGUAAAUAAAUUAACAGUUGUGUGAUUUCCUUUUAUUACUGUGUAUUGCUGUAGUAGUCAAACGUGGACCUCUGUCUUUUAGAAACUACAGGUUUCCUUGUAUGGGCUUGUAGAUAUUUUUGUAGAUCAGUAGUGUAAUAGCUUUAAGACUGAAUUAACUAAUUAGUGUUAUAACUAGAAUGUAUUUUCUGUACAUGAUCACCAAAUUUUCAUCUCUUAGGUGGAAUGCGCUAUCAUCUUCUGUCUCCAGAAGACAGAGAAGAAUUGGUAGAUGGAACCAGACCACGGAGAAAGAAACAUGAUUAUAGGAUUGCCUUGUUUGGAGGCUCGCAGCCUCAGUCCUGCAGAUACUUUAAUCCAAAAGUAAGAUAUCUCUCUUUCCAUUAUCUGAUCAUGACUUCAUAACUUUCACUCAUAGCCACCAAUUUAAAACUACUGCAAUGUCUAGAGGCUCCCACGCGCAUAACCAACAGGAAAAGAACAUCUUUCCUGAAUUUUGAUUUAUGGAAAUCUUUCCUGUUUUCAUUUACUCUCCUGCCGACACUUAACAAUUGCUCUGUCACCAAUCACUACUUUAGGUAGCACACACAGAGUUUAUCACUAAAGUGCGAAUUCUGUAUACUAUAUUUUUAGGUUUGAACAUUUUGGCCUAAAAAAAUAAGAUUUACUUUACAUUCGUUGUAGUGAAUAAUCCUGACACUGUUAUUCACAAAAACUGGGAAUUCCCCAGGAAAUCAUCCAUUUAAGGCCAAAAUCACUGAGCUGGAAACCUAGCUGACUUGGGUAAUUUUGGUAGUUAUCCAAAAUAAUCAUAUGAAAAUCACUUUGUAUGUCAUGUUUUCUUAAGGUAAAGCAUAUAUGUGUUUUUUUUUUGGAUAUUGUAUGAAUAUAAAAAUAUAUCAUUUAUUCUGUUCACCAGGAUUACAACUGGACUGAUAUUCGAUGUCCCUUUGAGAAGCGACGAGACGCAGCUUGUGUUUUUUGGGACAAUGUUGUUUAUAUUUUGGGUGGUUCUCAACUUUUCCCAAUUAAGAGAAUGGACUGCUAUAAUGUUGUGAAAGAUUCCUGGUACUCUAAACUGGGGCCUCCUACGCCACGAGACAGCCUAGCUGCAUGCGCCGCUGAGGGCAAGAUCUACACGUCAGGAGGCUCAGAAGUGGGUGAGAGAUCUAUCCAUUCCUUCAAGUGCAGGGCAGAUUCAAAAACAGCCCUUAAAGAUAUGCAUGUGAUAUGAAAGUUGGGUCACUGGAGGAGGAUCAGAGCCCAUUUUCUUUUCUGAGUGAUUUAUUUUGCUUUUUUAUAAUGCAUUUGCAAUGGUGGCAAAGCCACUUUAGGGUAAUAAUUUAAGGUAAUCUUACCUUAACUUGCUUUCCCACUCAUUAACAUGACUCCAUUUAUUAUUUUUGGAUAGAGUUUUCAAAUGAUUUAUCUACAUAAGUCCUAAUUACAAUCUAUGAGAGACUUUGUAGAAAUAAUUUUUUUUUCCUAAUUGUAAUAAUUUUAAACAUUUAUCCAAAAAUAUUAAAUCGAUGCCAUUGUUCAAAGGGUGUUAAAAAAAAUAAAAAAAAGUUUCAUAAUCAGGGACAAAGGGUGUUUUAAAACAUAAUUUUCAUUUAAAACUAUACCCUUAAAAAAAGAUUGUGGUACAGUCUGUUUUAGCCUUCCAAAAUAAUACAGUAGAAAAUGUGGUGUAAUUAAAACUUCACUUUUAAUUGAUUCAUAUUAAAAUAAGAAAACUAUCAAAAAUGAACACAUCGUCAAAACAAAGGUAUAAGAAUCACCUGUGAUCUUCCCACACAUUAUUUCUUUUUCUUCUCUUUUAAUGUGUGGGAAGAUCAUGGUUGAUUUUUGUACCUUUGUUUAGACAAUGUGUUCAUUUUUGAUUGGUUUCUCAUUUUAAUAUGAAUGAAUAAAAAGUUUUAAUCACACCACUUUUACUACUAUAAAUUUCAGCUGUACUUCUAAUAAAAUGUAGGAAAUUUGAUAUGAAAGAGGAAAAACAAUAAUUUUGGUAUUGCAGAAAUAUUUAAGAUAACUAGGAUGUGUUAAUCAAUGACCUGCAUACAGUCACCAAUCGUUGCCAACUUACAUAACCGCAUAAACUGAUCAGUAGCCAUAAUCUGUGCAUUAUACUUCCAGUUUAAGAAUCCUAAGCAGCAUUUACAUGGUUAUUCAAUAAAGUGGGAAUGAAAUUGAAUUCAUAUUAAAUUUGAAAUAUAAGGUCAAAAUUACUGAAAUUCACUUUAAAUUCCUAACAAUUCUCACUUUUGUGAAUUCCCCUGUAAAUUUUUUUUAUUUUAUUUUUUACAUAUUUGAAUUAGGGGUGACGGCGUGUAUUUCCACUAAAGAGAUUAUGAAGUUCCUGAUCAUCUUUCAUAUUUCCCAAGCAUUAUGACGUUGAUUAAAAAGUAAAAUCCAUAUAUUUUGUGUACCUCUCCAGGAAAUUCUGCCCUUUACCUGUUUGAGUGCUAUGAUACGAGAACUGAGAGCUGGCGCACGAAGCCCAGCAUGUUGACCCAGAGAUGUAGCCAUGGGAUGGUAGAAGCAUGUGGGCUCAUCUAUGUAUGUGGAGGCAGCUUGGGGAACAAUGUUUCUGGGAGGGUGUUGAAUUGCUGUGAAGUGUAUGAUCCAGCAACAGAAACGUAAGUAUGCUAGGUUUAUGCUUCAGAAGUAAUCUAUUUCCUUUUUUUUUUUUUUUUUUUUUAUAUAGAAUUUAAAAAAAAAAUUAUUUAUAAAAUAUUUUGCAGGUGAAGAGUGAAUGUUUGGUUUUAAAGAAAAAUAUAUGCAAACCAAAUUUACCUUUUAACAAUUCCUAGAACUGUACGUAUUAAGCAGUGCCCUUUGGUUCAGUGGUUUUCACUUUCCUUGGGAGUGAUCAGUCUGAUGUUUGUUCAGACCACUGAAAACGCAGAGCAACCCAAUUUUAGGUCCUGACCCAAGGUUCAAGAUCCACUGCUUCGGACAGCAUAAGGCGAUUUUUAAUUUAGUCUUUUGCAAUCCAAUAAUUAAUCUAACAAAAAAUGUUUAGUAAUUGCAGCUCUUAUAGCUCAAUCAAUAUAUUGUAUGGAUAAUUGUAGUAAUCUCCAAAUAUAAGGAGAUCUGCUUGAUAUCCUCAGGGUAAAAUGUGUCUUUGUAAAUUAGAGCACCAGGUAUUAAACUUUAGCUAAUUUAAGCUCAUUCUAAUUGCCUGUUAUUGUGAGUAAUUGUGUUCCGGGAUUUUCAUAGUAUAUGCAUCUGUGGAAAUCUAUUGAAAGAUGGAAUCUGCUGUCUUUAUCUCAUUGUUCCAUCAUGUCCCCAAAUUAAUAGGCAUAAUGCUGCCAGUAAUAAUUGAUAUCACAAAAGAAAGGAGGACAUAGAAGUUCUCUUUAAUCACAUUGUUUUGUACAACACAGAUUAAAUGCAAUUAUUUUGAUUUUUAAGGGUCAUUUUUAUUUUUAUAUAAUUUUUUUUUAAUUAAAAUAGUUCACUGCUUGGUCACCAGCAGGUGUCUGUGAAAAGUAUUUUUUUUAUAUAAUAAUUAUUCCUAACAUUUUGGUUUGCCGGUUUGUUUUAUUUUAUUAUUUUUUUCUUCUUUUCAGGUGGACUGAGCUGUGUCCAAUGAUAGAGGCUCGCAAAAACCAUGGAUUGGUGUUUGUGAAAGACAAGAUAUUUGCCAUUGGUGGGCAAAAUGGUUUAGGUAUUGAAACAGUUUGUUGAAGUUCUGUGGAACAAAAAGCACAUACAAUGGAUAGAAAUAUAUUGCCUAUUUAGGACCAGUUUAGCAAUAAAUUAAAGCAUGUAGUUGCAUGUCUAUCAACAAUGGCUAUAGGGGGUAUUAUUUGUCAUCACAGAAGAAGUGUAUGUUUUAUAGACACAAGAAUAUCUAGGAUUAACACAUUAAAAUCUAUAUAAUUUUGUUGGUCUCUGGUAGAUGGCUUUCUUAUAUUUAGAGAUCCAAAGUAGGUGACACCUUUCUCCCACAGCUCUUUGCAAUGAAACAUCAGUGGAGAUGGCUCUGCACUCAUUUGGAUAGACUGCCAUAUUUAUUUUAUCUAGUAUUUCCUAAUGGUCCAAUGUACUGCUUCUAGUAAUAGGGAGAGUCAUGGCUUGCUCGAGGCCUGAAGUAUGGACAAGCCAAAUCAGUGCAGCAUUAUUACACCAAAAUCUGGUUACAUUAUAAUUGUUUUAUAAAUUUUAAAUGUACAUUGAUUGUUUUACAGUUUUUUACUUGUUUAUAUCAAGCUUUUCGUGUGCACCAUUCUGAUCAAAUUCGUCAUCCAUUACUUAUCUAGUUUGUAAGCUAUACGAAACAUUUUGCCUAUAUAGAUGUAAAAUGUCUUUAGAUUUACUGUACUUGCUGUGGCAGCACUAUAUUAUAGUGACCACUGAAUACACUUUACAAUCGCUAUGUAAAUUAAUGCAUGCAUACUUGCAUGCCACAUGAAUUAUGAUCUGAUUUGCUAUCCAUACAACAUAUAGUUCUCCAGAAGUGGAUCUUCAACGCUCAUAAUACUUUACCAGCGUGUGGGGGAUCUUCCCAUGUCUAAAUUGUAUAGUAGGGCAGCUCUGUUCUGUACCAGGUUACUACAUCAAUAUGGGGAAUUUGGACGGGCAAGAGAGGAAAAAGACUGUUAGGUGAGCAAAGGAAGCUUCUAACUAAAAAUCCAUGGUUUGAAAUAGUACCAAAGCAACCACAAUAUAAUUUAUUUUUUUCAUGCUCCACUCAUAUUCCAUUUCGAGUAAAUCUCUUUUAAACAUAUACCACAACUUCAAAGGCAAAUGAACCUGACGUUUACUUUUUAUACAAUUUAUUUUCAGGUGGGCUAGACAGCGUGGAAUAUUAUGAUAUUAAACUUAACGAAUGGAAGUUGGUGUCCCCCAUGCCAUGGAAAGGAGUUACUGUAAAGUGUGCGGCAGUGAGCUCGGUCAUUUACGUCUUGGCUGGCUUCCAGGGUGUGGGUCGAUUAGGACAUAUUUUGGAAUAUAACACAGAGACAGACAAAUGGAUUGCAAACGCCAAGGUCCGCGCCUUCCCAGUAACUAGCUGUUUGAUCUGUGUGGUCGAUACAUGUGGAGCAAAUGAAGAAACGUUGGAAACUUGAAUACUACCCAUUGUUCGCUCUGUGCAGGACUGGACAAUUGUCAUUGUCACACUAAAAUAGUGUGUGACAUUUAUGGGUAGGGUACUACAAGGUUUUUAUUUCUAGAUUAAUGACAUUCUGGAAAAGCAGGAAACAUUAUUUUAAUCCUUUGAAUAACAGGGGUGCCUUCAGCUUAUUUCAACGCACUAUAUUGGUUACAUCUCUGGUAUUCAGAGGUAAAACAUAUCUGUGUAAUGUCUUAACCACAGGCUUUUAGUUUAGUUUUUAUUAUUUUAUUAAGUAAAAUUCAGCCGGUGAGAAAAACAUAUAUUUUUUUUUUUUCUUAUUGUCCUCAUUUUGGAUUAUUUAAUAAAUAUGGUCACCACGUGUUUUUUUUUUUUUUUUUUUUUUUUUUUUUUUUUUUUUUUUUUUUUUUUUUUUUUUUUUUUGUUUUGUUCUUUUUGUUUAUUUGUUAUCCUUUCACCAAGGGCAGCUGCUUUGGUGCCAUCCUCAAGAAAUGUUAGCAGAGCAUUUAGUUCUUAGUUUUGUGGUGUGUGAUUUGGAGCUUUUACAUAAGACUUUCAGCUUCGAUAUAGACAUCUUUAUAAAUACUAUGUAUGCUCAGUCUUACUCCGUUCAGAGAUUUUUGUUUAGCAAUUUCACUGUGUACUGUUCAUUGUUAUAAACUGCUUAAUUUGGGGGGGAAAUCCAUUUAACGUGCUGUAUGUUUUUUUUUUUAUUCCUCAUGUUUGUAUUGCAUUGAGAACCUAGCUGCCCAAGCUACUUAUGUAAGCUCAGUCAGUUUUAUUAAAAUAUUAUUCUGUUGUGACUUGGCUGUACUAGUUAUCACGUGACACUGUUGUGUAUAAUUUUAGAGCAACAAAUUCUAGACUUUGCAUAUCAGUCACACAUCUUGUCUAGCUAAUGCUACAUAGACUAAAAGCUAUACAGUUGCAAGAAAAAGUAUGUGAACCCUUUGGAAUGACAUGGAUUUCUGCACAAAUUGGUCAUAAAAUGUGAUCUGAUCAUCAUCUAAGUCACAAUAGACAAUCACAGUCUGCUUAAACUA